GUGAGCAAAGAUCUAGAAAGUACUUUUCAGAUGUAGUUGUCAUUAAGACUAGUGGUAGUAGUAGUGUUUUUGCCACGUUUGGUGGCAAAUUUAAUUAUAAGUAGUUUAAUUUUUUGUGCCGUUGCAAAAUUAUGUAAAAAUGGCGCACAUGACUAAGAAAAGGCAUGUACGACAACUAAAAAUUAAAGGGAACAGUAAAACCAACACUAAAGAGACUAAUAAGCCCGAUAAAUCAUCAGCAUGGCGUGUAAUUGCUCCCUUUGUAACAGUACCAAUAAAGAAAACUCACAAAGAAGUAGAAGAUGAGCAGUUUAGUUUCUACUUGAAGAAAAAGCCGGCUGUUCUUCUUCAAGACUUGUCAACUUUUAUGUCAGACAGUGUCGACUUGCCAUCAUUGUUCCACGAGACUGCUGAUGUUUUACAAAAGGUUACUAAAGCUUCGUGGGUUACUCUAUAUCUGGUCGACAGGGCCACGAACGAAAUCUAUGUUAGUCACCCAAAUAUGGCCAGAGAAAGGCAUAAAGUCAAAUGGAAAAUAGACGAACAAGUCACUGUUGCUACUUACGUGGCAAAGAAAAUGGAGUAUGUUGUUGUAGAGGAUGUCCUUCUUGACAUCCGAUUUCCAGAAGGAAUUGGUUAUGACGCAAGUACAAUCCCGAAAUCCGUGAUGUGCAUCCCGAUUGUGACCCCCGACGGAGACUGUUUUGCCGUGAUUGAAUUUGUUAGAGAGUACCACAUGAAGAGUUUCGUCGAAGACGACCUCAAAAUCUGUGUUAUGGUCACAGCGUGGAUGGGUGUGGCCAUCCAUCAAAACCAAGAACGUCUAGCUUUGAAACGGCAACAAGAACUCAACGACUACCUCCUCGACCUUGUCAAGUGUUAUUUUGAGGACCACGUCCUUAUGGAGAAACUAAUGAGCGAGGUUGUUAAAUUCGCAAAAAUCACUCUAGGUGCCGAAAGAGGAUCUUUCUUCAUCAUUGAUAAAGACAGUGACGAAAUGAUUGCCCAUUUAUUCGACGAAGGAGGACAAACUGAAGGUGCGGGACGAAAAGUCCGUUUUUCGAAAGAAAGAGGAAUUGCCGGUUUAGUAGCUCGAACUGGACAAACGGUCAACAUUAAAGACGCUUACAAUGACAGUAGAUUCAACAAAGAGAUUGACCAAAAAACUGGUUUCAUAACCAGAUCAAUACUUUGUAUGCCGAUUUUGGGAAAAAAUGGAGUCUUGGGAGUUGUGCAAGUUGUUAAUAAGAAACGCGGAGGUUGUUUUUCGAGCAACGAUGAGAAUCUUUUCAAGACGUUUUCUUUGUAUUGUUCCAUGGCGGUGCAUUACACGAAUAUACAUUCCGAAAUCAAGAAACAAACAUAUUUAAACAAAAUUAAUUUGAAAGUUGUCAAGUUGCAACAAGUGCCGUGUAUCCACGACAUGACAAAUUUCAUCAAUAGGUCCUACGUGAACAUUCCGGUAGAAUUCGAUAACUUCCAUUGGAGCAUUAAUAAUUCGGAUGAACUCAUGUUUUUGCCCCAAUAUACGUUGUAUAUAAUGACCCAAUUGAUCAGCAUUUCUGAAAUUAAUCUUAACGUAAUGAAAAAAUUUAUUUUGACAGUUCGCAAAUUUUACAGAGACUUGCCUUACCACAACUUCGAACAUGCCUUUAGUGUGUGCCAUUGUAUGUAUCUUGUUUUAAAACGAAAUUUAGAACAAUUCAGUAAAUUGGAAGUCAAAGCUUUACUCAUUGCUUCUCUCUGUCACGACAUAGACCAUCCCGGUUUCACAAAUAAUUUUCUCCAAAUCAUCAAAGACGACAUUACCAUACUUUACGAAGCUCCAGCUUUGGAAAACCACCACUGGGAAGUAACAAAAAUGGUCCUAAACGAUCACGACAUUUUCCCGAAGAUGACUGGACAAGAGCGAGAGUUGUUUCAUAGCGAAAUCCAAAAGGCGAUUCUCGCCACCGACCUGUCCACUUUUUUUCAAACAAGAGUUACUCUCGCAAAAUUAUACAACUCGAAAAUGUUCAAUCGGCACAAUCCGAUCCACAGGAUGAACAUGAAAGCGAUAAUAAUGAAUGCUUGCGAUUUUUCGGGCAUGGCGAAGCCGUUUUUGGCCGCGAAAAGAGUAGUUGAUCAACUUUAUCGCGAGUUCUACAAACAAGGAGAUUUAGAAAAGGAGUUGGGCCAAUGUCCAUUGUCGGUGAUGGAUAGAGAGAAGGAAAAUUGCAUUCCAGAAGAUCAGAUACGAUUUUUGAAGGUUGUAGUCAUACCCUGCGUGGAAAUUAUUAGAGUGAUUCUGCCAAAUUGCCGGGAGCUUUACAUUGGGGCUUUGAGGUUACGCCAAACCUGGGAGGACAUUGUGAAAAACACAGGACGCAAAAUUUGGCGGCAAGACGAUUCCAUUGUUAAUCCUACUUAUGUUUAUUAAAUAAUGAAAAAUUAUA